AGGUAAUUGGUGAGCACCUGCUCCGAGGUUCGUGCUGUUCAUAAAAAGAGCUGAAGUUCUGUCUUGUGUUAUUAUUAUUAUUAGCAUGGCUCCACGAAGAACUAGAAAAGUCAGUCAGGAUUCUGAAGGGCAGCACAACUGUGACCAAAAAAUUAGACUUACCAAGAGAAAAGAGCUGUUUAUACAACAGUUUGAGAAGGAAGCUCAGGACCGGAUAAAUGAAAUGGAGGCCAAUCUGAACAAAUUAUUGGCAACUGUAGACCGUGUCUUCACAAUAGAGCUGAUGAAAAUGCCGCAAUCCCUCCACACCACGCUGAUAAAAGACCUAAUGAAUGACGAUGACCCGUCUGUGGGAGAGGUCACUAUGGCACUCAUGUGUGCGUCUCCAGAAAUUCACAAACCCCUAUCUCGAAAACCAAGCAAAAAAGGUUUAAAUGCCACAGCAGGCCAACAAAGGUCAUCGGGUCAAAACAAGGCUGCUGCAGUGGAAGGCCCAAAGAAACCUGCUAAGGAGACCCUACACAACAACAAGAGCACUGGAAGCAUGAGACAAACGAGUCGCUCCGUCGGUGAUGAAAUGAUGGCUACAGCAACUAUAGUAACUUCCCAUGGAGAAACGCUGUUCCUUUCUGAAGACAAUAAAGAUGACAUCAAUGUCGAGUUGCUUGAUGCGGCUGUAGAUCAGAUGCGAAAGAUCAAGGAUCUAAUGGACUAUCUGUGUAACAAAGUGGGCCUCAAUAACACACGCUGAUGCUUUUUAAUUACAUCAGCUGCAGCUAGUGUUUAAUCCUUUUUAAAUGU